CCAUAAAAAAGAACCCGCCAAGAAAUGUCUUCAAGAUUCAUCAGUGUUGAUUUUAUGCCUAUUUCCAAACCGAACAACGAACAUUUGUCUAUUAAGCAUAGUUCGAAAGCACCUUUCUUGAAAACCAAAGAAUAUGCAUGGACUUUGCUUGGUAAAAGUUGCAUAAACUUGGGCUUGUGGAAGAAUCAGCAGACGACGACGUUUGUGAGACACAACAACGUUGAUCCUCCACCUGAAGCAUCUCCUCUUCCUUCUGGAUCUCCUUUGGGGUCUUUGAGAAAUUGGAUUGUGUGGAUUCUCCUAACAUUCGUUUUACCUUUUAUCACCCAUAAAUGGGGUUCAUUGCUUCUACUUAAAAAUAAAGUGGAUGCAAAGAUAGAGACGUCCAAACAAGCAGUAAAAGCUAUAGCAAAUAUUGCAGAAAACGCAGAUAAAGUGAUUGAUAGCAUUACCGACAACCUUCCAAAUGAUAGCCAACUCAAGAAAAAAUUGGUGUUUGUAGACAAAAUAGUCGAAGGACUCGCUAAGAUUGCUAUCCUGGCAUAUAAAUUUAUCGGCAAGGUGAAAAAAGCUGAAGAUGAAUUAGUGUCGUUGAGUACCCACCAAAAUUCCAAGGGAGGUGAGAUUCCACAGGAGGAUGAGGACAGACGUCCAAGAAAUCAAUGAGCAGCCAGGAAAUAACAAAAUUACAGAAUAAAGUUGAAAAUAAAUUCGAAUAAUUUGUAAAAACUAAUAAUUGUUUCACUCGAUAUAGAUUUUUUAUUUUAAAUGUUGUUAUUUCAUAAGAUAUAAUAAAUUUAUGAUACAUAAAGUUUAUUAAAAAAAAUAA